GGUGGCGGCGGCAGCGGCGGGAGCGGGACGGGCCCGCGUGGGAACGCCCCCCCCGCCCGGUGGAUUUGGGGGUUUUUGGGGCCAUGUACGCCGUGUACAAGCAGACGCACCCCCCCACGGGGUUGGAAUUUUCCCUCUAUUGCCAUUUCUUCUCGGCGGCCGAGCGGAACCUGGUGGUGGCCGGCACCUCGCAGCUCUUCGUCUAUCGCCUCAACCACGAGCCUGAGGCUCCAGGGAAAGGUGACAGGAAUGGGGAGGGCAAAGGGCAGCGGGAGAAGCUGGAGCUGCUGGGCUCCUUCUCGUUCUUCGGCAACGUCAUGUCCAUGGCCAGCGUGCAGCUGGCCGGCGCCAAGAGGGACGCGCUGCUGCUCAGCUUCAAGGAUGCCAAGCUCUCCGUGGUGGAGUACGACCCCGGCACCCACGACCUCAAGACUCUGUCCCUGCACUACUUCGAGGAGCCGGAGCUCAGGGAUGGCUUCGUGCAGAACGUGCACACCCCCUGCGUGCGCGUGGACCCCGACGGGCGCUGCGCGGUGAUGCUGAUCUACGGCACGCGCCUGGUGGUGCUGCCCUUCCGCCGCGACUCCCUGGCCGAUGAGCACGAGGGGCUGGUGGGAGAGGGGCAGAAGUCGAGUUUCCUGCCCAGCUACAUCAUCGACGUGCGCGAGCUGGACGAGAAACUGCUCAACAUCAUCGACAUGCAGUUCCUGCACGGCUACUAUGAGCCCACGCUGCUGAUCCUCUUCGAGCCCAACCAGACCUGGCCCGGGAGGGUGGCAGUGCGACAGGACACCUGCAGCAUCGUGGCCAUCUCGCUGAACAUCCUGCAGCGCGUCCACCCCGUGAUCUGGUCCCUGAGCUCGCUGCCCUUCGACUGCACCCAGGCACUGCCCGUGCCCAAACCCAUCGGAGGUGUGGUGAUCUUCGCUGUGAACUCGCUGCUGUACCUGAACCAGAGUGUGCCCCCGUACGGGGUGGCACUGAACAGCCUUCACCUCCUCACCUGCGGCACCACCGUCUUCCCGCUGUGCAUCCAGGAGGGCGUGAGGAUGACUCUGGACUGUGCCCAGGCCACCUUCAUCUCCUAUGACAAGAUGGUCAUCUCGCUCAAGGGGGGGGAGAUCUACGUGCUGACGCUGAUCACGGACGGGAUGCGCUCCGUGCGCUCCUUCCACUUCGACAAAGCGGCCGCCUCCGUCCUCACCACCUGUAUGGUCCCUCUGGAGCCGGGUUAUCUCUUCCUGGGGUCCCGUCUGGGGAACUCCCUCCUGCUCAGGUACACGGAGAAGCUGCAGGAGCCGCCGGCCGGGGCGGGCAAGGAGGGGCCGGACAGACAGGAGGAGCCCCCGGUGAAGAAGAAACGCUCGGAGCCAUCGGGGCCGUGGGCAGGUGGGGACACCUGGGGUGUACCGCCGGGCGGGACACAGCUGGCCACCUACUCCUUCGAGGUGUGUGACAGCAUCCUCAACAUCGGGCCCUGCGCCAACGCCGCCAUGGGGGAGCCGGCCUUCCUGUCCGAGGAGUUCCAGAACAGCCCCGAGCCCGACCUGGAGAUCGUCCUGUGCUCGGGGUACGGCAAGAACGGGGCCCUGACCGUGCUGCAGCGCAGCAUCCGGCCCCAGGUUGUCACCACCUUCGAGCUGCCCGGCUGUUACGACAUGUGGACGGUCACCGCGCCCUCCCCGCGGGAACAGCCCGAGGUGGCCCCGGGGACGAGCGCGGAGCCCGAGGCGGCGCCGGCGGCGCCGGAAACUUCUGAGGAGGACGGGGAACGUCACAGCUUCCUCAUCCUGAGCCGCGAGGACUCCACCAUGAUCCUGCAGACGGGCCCCGAUAUCCUGGGCUGGACUGCCCUUAUGUCCCCGAUGCCUGAUGUCCCCAAUGUCCCUGAUGUCCCCGAGAUCCUGGCAGGGGCCAGGGACACCUGGGGCCAGGGCCAGUUCAUCGUGCAGGUGUCACCACUGGGGCUGCGGCUGCUGCAGGGCGUGACGCAGCUGCACUUUGUCCCCGUGGAUCUGGGCUCCCCCAUCGUGCACUGCGCCGUGGCCGAUCCCUUCGGGGUCCUGCUCAGCGCCGACGGCCACCUGGCCACCUUCACCCUCAAGGGCGACACCUACGGCGGCCGCGCCCCGCGCCUGGCCCUGCUGCGGCCGCCCGUGUCACACCCCUCGCGGGUGACCGCGCUGUGCCUGUACCGGGACCUUUCUGGAAUGUUCACCACCGGCCAAUGCUGCCCCCAUGGCUCGGUGGACGAUGAGGAGGAGAUACUCUCCGGGGACUGGGGGUUGUUAGUGGCUCGGGUGGAGGAGGAGGAGAUGCUCCAGGCGGCUCCGUUGACGAUGAGGAGGAGAUGCUCUAUGGGGACUCGGGGGGGCCGCCAGGCGUUCCGCCGGGAGCGGCGGGGCGGGCGGCGCCCCUCGAGAGAACCCCCCCUGAGCCCUGACCCCUCCCACUGGUGCGUGCUGGCCCGCGAGAACGGCAACAUGGAGAUUUACCAGGUCCCCGAGUGGCGCCUGGUGUUCCUGGUGAAGAACUUCCCGGUGGGGCAGCGCGUCCUGGUGGACUCGUCCUUCGGGCAGCCGCCGGCCGAGCCGCGCAAGGACGAGCGGGGCGAGCGGGAGCUGCCGCACGUGCGGGAGCUGCUGCUGCUGGGGCUGGGCCGCGCGCAGAGCCGCCCCUUCCUGCUGGUGCACGAGGAGCAGGAGCUGCUCCUGUACGAGGCGUUUGCCCACGACUCCCAGCUGGGCCAGAGCAACCUCAAGGGUCGGUUCCGCAAGGUGCCCCACGGCAUCAAUUUCCGCGAGAAGAAGCCGAAGCCGUCGCGGAAGAAGCCGGAGGGGCCGGGGGCGGCUCCCGGGGGGGCUCCGGGCGGGACCCCCGAGGAGCCGGGGGGGCCCCGGGGCCGCGUGGCGCGCUUCCGGCCCUUCCACGACAUCUACGGCUACUCGGGGGUGUUCAUCUGCGGCCCCUCCCCGCACUGGGUGCUGCUGACGGGCUCUGG